GUAAUAAACCACGUCUCCGCACUUCAUGUCAAUUUGCAUAUUAAAGCAGCACUGGGGACUUCAACUGAGUUAAUUCUUAAGAUUUCACAUUGUUUGGUGAAGUCUCAGCCGAGGUAAUCAAUAUACACGAGUGCUUUUUACAAGUUGGACUUACCGGAGAGGCAAAUGGCACAUAGGCUAUCUUAGGAUAUUACUUGGAAUCCAUAUAGGAUUGACAACACAACAGUUGCCCCAUGUGAUUAAAGGAAAGGAACCUAUCAAGAAGAUAACUUCCAAAAAUGAAGGGCUGGAUCAACUAGAUAGCCCUACUACCUUAGUGAUCUGCUGAGGAUAAAAAUUACAAUAUAUUGUUGAAAACGUUAAUGAGAUAGAGACUGUGAAUGCACAGGGCAUCACGUGGAGGAGUUAUAUAUAUAUAUGAGAUUUUAUCCACUCUUCCCUGCCAGACUGGAUGCUUUGUUCUUUGGGUUAUUUAAAAGUCAAUAGCACAAGGAAAAUCGAUGCCCAAACUGUGUGCCUUUAUUUUGGGAUGAGAGCCAUUCUGAUACAACCACUAUCGAGGCUCCUGGGUGAGAACCUCUGGAGUUUUAGCAGCAACUAAUGGAAUGGGAUUACAUAUAUAUAGCCACUGCCAAACACCAUUUGUCGUCUGGGGAACAAAGAUGUAGACAAUCGCAAAAACAGCACCAGACAACCCCCAAAUGACGUUUCUGUGGAAGUAUUUUUAGGUUACCGUCGUUAAUAGUUCUUAAAGAUGAGUAAAGAAUGGGCCAUCUACUAAAAUUGAGUGGAGAUUGUCUUUUCGCUUUUCUAUCGGUUCGAGCUUCAUUUCAACCUCGACAAACGUUGUGUCACGUAACUUAUAAUUCAGAUACGAAAAAAUGGAUCUAAAAGAAAAGUAUUUUAUAAAAGGAACUAUCAGUAUCUCAGGCCGGGUGCUGGUAUCUUACUAUGCGAGCUACAUAUGCGAUAUGCUACUAUGCGAUACAUGGUAAGUUGUUGUGCUUUAAUGUUUUACAGCAGAGGAUAUUGAAAAUAUUCUACGGAAGUUAAAAACUAGAAACAUUAAUGAUGGAAGAAGACGGCUUCACGCAAAUGAAGCUCUUAACCAAUGCAAAUGUUGCGUUUGGAUUUAAUAAUGGGUGUUACGAUGAUGAAUUGGCGGGAUCUCCGAUCCAUUAUUCCGUAGCCGAGAGGACAUUACUUGGGAUAUUUCUUGUUUUAGUGAUCGUAUUGACGAUCCUUGGUAAUGUCGUAAUAUCAAUGGCUGUUGUGUUUUUCAAGAGCCUCCGAACUUACACAAAUUGCUUUGUAGUGUCACUUGCUGUAGCAGACAUUUUAGUAGCAGUGUUGGUGAUGCCUUUUGGAAUGUAUCAUCAAGUCAUGAAUGAAGUCUGGGAACUCGGAGACGCGAUGUGUCGUGUGGCCUCCAGCUUUGACGUCAUGUUCACGACAUCCUCCAUCUUACAUUUGAGCUGUCUCGCAGCUGACAGAUACUUUGCAAUAUGCUGUCCUUUCUAUUACCACGGAAGGAUGACCAGACGUAAAGUAAUAAUCCUUUUGGUCAUGUGUUGGACCUUGCCAAUAAUCAUAUCAUUCAUACCUAUUAUGAACCGAUGGAACACGAUCGGAAUUGAAGAUGCGAUAAAAGCCAAAACCCCACCGGGAACACCAAUUUGCAUGUUCCUGGUCAAUAUUCCUUAUUCGGUGGUCGGUUCUAUUCUAGCAUUCUACAUUCCGGUAUGUUUCAUGAUUGUUGUAAAUGUCAAAAUAUAUUCGGUAGCGAGACGUCAAGUGCGACAGAUACGGACCAUUCAACUGUCAAUUCCAGGACCCGCGAAAAAAUUCAAAUGCAAAGAAGCAAAAGCCGCUAAAACUUUAGCUGUCGUUAUGGGCGGAUUUGGAGUGUGUUGGGGGCCUUUCUUCGUUCUAAAUGUGAUAGAUCCUUUUAUUCACUACUCAAUUCCAUACAAGUUGUGGACAACAGCAAUAUGGCUUGGCUAUGUAAACUCAACGCUGAACCCGUUCCUGUAUUUCUUUUUUAAUAGGGGAUUCCGAAAGGCUAUCACGCAUCUUCUAAACUGCGAUUCUUGUUCUCGAUUUAGAGUUCCAGAGGACGAGGCACACCUUGCUCAUUUUAUUCAGCCGUCUCGGGACUCAUCAGGUCGGACAUCAGCUGACGCCCGAACACCUGAAGACGGCUUAAAAAUACACCACAACAAUACAGUGUGCACCUUGCACCCUGAGCAUUGUCCUUUGUGAAGAAGAUUGGUAGAAUUAGACAAGCCAUCACAUAUCUAACACAUACCUCGAAAGUCGUUCUGUUUUUCUUUCAUUUUGUCUAAUAUGUGGAAUCGCAUUUUGUCAUUGGUUAUGCCACACACACACAUAUAAGUGUUUCGAAAAAAACAGCAUUAUAAAAAUGCACUUUGGGUGUUAUUUCCAUUAUAUAAAUUGUUGUUAAAAGCCCAUUUUGAUCAAUACUUAGUUAAUAACAGAGCCAUUCAACUACAUUAACAGGCAUGGUAAUGUGUCAAGGUAUGGUUUCCGAUCAUGCUUAAUAAAACUACACUAGAAAUCACUGUGGCCACUAAAGAUUAAAUUCAUAUUACUUGUGUAGAAUUGGGUUGUGUAUUGACCACUGCUUGACAACAUUAAACUGCAUCUGAUACGCAGUUUUUUGCUCUCUGUUGUAACAGAUCGGUAAAUUAAAUCUAUUGUCCACUGGAGCCGUAAAUUCAAAUGUGGAAUAUAUCACAUUAUUGUGAUACGAUCAUAAACGUCAAAUGAUAUGGCAUCUGCACGUCUUGUGCCCAAAGGUGCUGUCCCGAGAAACUAAUCAAAUAUCUUAAGUACUCAAUUCUGUACUUACUUCCAAACAGUCAAUUUAACUCGACGAUAAAUGCCAUUACAUGUUAGCGGAGAAGUGUUAUAUAUCAUCGUUUAGUUCUUCCUAGACGAGAAAAAGAAUGAUGCACUUUAAGUAAAGAUGUGAAAUAAGUGGUCCAACACUUGCAAUCCAGUUUGUCCCUUUUUAAAAAUGGUUCAAAUGGUUAGCGUACCAAAAAUUGCUAGAAAUCUUCAAUAACAAAGGUGUACAUGCAUAUUUUCAAGUAACUAGAAAUGUAAUCAAUGGGCAAGAUUGAUACAUGCAUGUUCAGGAA